GAUAACGAAGCAUAAAGAAGCAGAAAUGGGGAAACGGAGUGGUAACUCAUGAGACGACUGGCCGGGUCGUCACAGAAUGAUUUCCUUGAUAAGGCAUUUGAACGAGUUUCCCAAAUACUUCAAGGGAAAAUAUGGCAUUCCUGGUGCUGCAAAAAAGUGGGUUUUUGAGUCAAUUCAGAAUGCUUGGGGAAAGUAUAAGAAUCAAUUAUUUAACGACCAUUAUAAAGCCUAUGAGAAUGAUGAGCUUCGAAUGGAGAAAAGGCUGGUUGAUGUUCCUGAAUCUCAAUUUAGGGAUCUUCUUAAUUAUUGGAACUCUGAUGCCUACAAGAAAAUGUCCCAAACCAAUACCGAGAAUCGCAAAAAGUUAAAAUAUCCACACACUGCUGGAGAAAAAGAAAGAAACUUCUGAGCCUCUAUCAAGCAAGGACAUCUUUGUGGCCACAAGAAAAAGAAAACCUGAUCGAGUUUACAAGGCCUCGUAUGCGAAAACGUUCAAUGCACAAAAAGAUGUCAUGGAACUACAAGUUGCAGUUAACAUCAUUUCACAACUUAAGCAUCUGAAUCCAGAUUUACGGGUUGAUCCCAACAUGCUAGGUUUCAAUGCUCGUUCACCUGGAGAAGCUUCCUCUGCACAACAAGCUGUUGUGCAACUAAUCAAUCGCCUAUCUACUGGGAGUAAUAAUCAGGGUGGAGCAAUUGAAGAAAGGGAAGAUGGAGAUUGUGAAGAUCUAGACCUUACUUAAGAACUUUGAAUUGUUGUCCAUGUUCUAGGAAUCUUUUGUUAUCAACGUUCAAAACUUACUCUAACUCUUGAAGUAUUGAAAUGUAAAACUUAUGUGAUUGGGUUAAAUAUUUUGGUUUUAUGGAGACAAUAUAGAUUAUGAAGUGUUUUAUCUUUU